AUGUCACGAGUUUCGACAUUUACUCUGCUAGUUUACACACUUUUUCUUGCGGCUCAAAUACAUGCUGCUAAUCUUCCACCACCAUGGAAUGAUCCAAGUCCUACACUUCGUCCUUUUCUAAUUUCGGAUCCUAUCCCUACAACAUACUCUACAUCAACCGUUAGUAUAGAAUGCGGAAACAACGCCUGUCAAAGUGCAUGGGCCACAGCUUUCACAUCCUCCAAUCCUUACAUCCAACCCUUCUGUUCCUCAUUCACCUCUCCCGGCCGCAAAAACACGCUUAAAUUUGACAAAAAAGGUCCCGCAACCGCAUGUACCAAAAGACUCGGUAACGCCGCCAUUCAAUCCUCUCUCUCAUCAGUUUGUUCCUGUUACGCCGCUCCCGGUAUCCCCACCCAAGCAUUCAUCACCAGAUGUCCCACUUGUCCCCCCAUACAAACCCAAACCCAUACCCAAACCAUCACAACCUCCAUCCCCAUCCCCACCACAAUACUCGAACCCGCUAGCACUAAAAUUAUCACCACAAUCAUAAGGGUAACACCCGCCAUCCUCUGCCCCACCUCCACCUCCUGCACAACAACAACAACCAACGUCCAAACCACCACCCUCGUAACCGCCAUCUACGACUACUUCACCUACAUCACCACCACCACCUACCAAGCAGGUCGAUAUCCCUACACUACCACCAUUUAUCCUUCAUCAACCGUAAGCAUAUCUACAGUUACGUUUUCCAUUUCGUAUUGUAAUCAGACUUGUGAAACGUCUCGAGCGUCGGUGGUCACGGUUACAAGUACGGUCACGGCUGGUCUUCCUUUUGGCCCUUCGGAUUUGGCUACGAGUGUGGGGAAUGAGGUGUGUGCGCCGACCUUUACGCCGACGUUUACAACGACGUUGACGUUGGUUAUUGAUCCGUUGUCGAUUGAAUAUACGGUCACGACUACGGUUACAGAGACGGAGACGGUGGGUGGGAAUGCGAGUCGAAGUUCGAGUGCGAGUGCAGUGGAGACGGCUACGGAUGUUUUUGUAGUACCUUCGAUAACGGGUACGGGUACGGGUACGGGUAGUGGGCAGAGUGAGGAAACUGCGACGGUUUCGGAGGUGAUUAUUGAUGAUGGAGGAUUCACUUUUAGGGGAGGAUCUGGGGGAGCGAGGAGUACAGGGACGGGGAGUGAAGAUUAG